AUGGCGGAUGAACUCCCGUUAUGGUUCCCACCCAUGAGUAGCGACGAUUCAUCCGAUAGUAGCAUUCUUUUUUUUCAAAAUCUCAUCGAAGAAGCCGAACUUCAAGAUACCGGCACGUCUAACCGAAGGAGAUAUAUUGAACGUCAACGUGAGGAGGGGCAUGAGACACUCAUGGCGGAUUAUUUUGUCGAAGACCCGAAGUACAACGAAGAUAUCUUUCGGCAUAGGUUCCGUAUGUCGAAACGUUUGUUUCUAAAAAUUGUGUCCGAUGUGGAAGAGAACGACCCGUGGUUUGUAGAGGCCCCCGAUGCGCGAGGUAGGAAGGGCUUUACGCCCUUGCAAAAGGUGACAUCGGCUAUUAAACAGCUCGCAACUGGAAACACUCCAGACGAGAACGACGAGUACUUGCAUAUGGCCGAAAGAACUUCCCGCGAGUGCCUAGAAUAUUUUUGUGACACGGUUUGCAAAAUAUAUGGUCCAGAGUUCUUACAGUAUCGAGGCCAAUAUAUGCGAGGAGAUCAUAGAUACCCGACUGUUAUGCUCGAAGCGGUUGCUUCUCAAGACUUAUGGUUUUGGCAUGCUUUUGCCGGUCCACCCGGUUCUCAAAACGAUAUCAAUGUUCUACAACAGUCUCCGUUAUUUUUAACGGACCGAAAUGGAACCGCGCCAAAAUGUCCAUUUUACGUUAACAACCAUUUAUACAAACGUGGUUAUUUGCUCGUGGAUGGAAUCUACCCUUCGUGGUCCGUGUUUGUGAAGUCGAUCCCUUACCCUCACGAAGUAAACGAAAAGAAAUUCAAGAGGCAACAUGAGGCGGCAUGA